UAUGAUAUUCAUGUGGUCUGCAGUUCAGCGGUGGCAUUUUGAAGCCUCUGUGGAUGUGUGUAUGGAAUCACACAGUGUGUAUAUUUACAGGAACAACUGAGCUUUACUGACGGCAUCAUGGUUCAGUCGGACUCUAAACCCACCUUAGCAGUGCUGCCUCUGCAGCGCUUCAUAACCUGCCCGGACACUGGCAGCUUGGGCUUGCCUGAGCGUCCAGCGCGUUUUCAGCGCUCGGGCAGUCUCUUUCCUGACCAACGCCAGAAACGGCCCCGUCCAUUACCUCUUGUGCGCUCAGGCAGCCUGGUGGUGAGGACAGACCCUGACAAACUCAAAUUACUGUCAGAGGAUGAAGUUGACAGUCACUCUGAUAAAGUGGAGAAGGAACUGCUUGUACAAGCAGAAAACCUAGAGUGGACAGUAUGGGAGGAAGUGUUUGACAGGAUUACUAGGAAACAGGACCUCCGAGAAUUGAAGAUGUUACAGAAGCUGGAGAACAAACAGUACCAGGAUUUGGUCUACAAAGCACAGAUGGCCAGAGAGGCCCAGGAGAAGAAGUUUGAACAGGAAAUGGCGGUAUUAAUAAAGACCUAUGAAAGUGACAUGGAAACUCUUACAAGAACCCAAAAACUUCAGGUAGAAAAAGCAGAAACCACUCAGGCCAAUGACAUGAGGAAUGCAGCCAGGAGAAUCAAAGCUGAUCAGGAAAGGGAGCUGCGAAUGUUCAAGGAAUCCCAGAAACAGGAAAUGAAGCUGUUGCGACAAGAGCUGGAUUUACUGCCCAAGGAUCACCGCAAAGAGAUGUUUAGGAAAAAGAAAGAGGAAAAAGAAAUUUCUCUGGCAGAAAAGGAGCGAGUAUUUUUGGAGUCCCAGAAGGACAUGAUGGACAGACACAUGAAACAGCUGUCUGAUUCACAUAGACAGAAAAUUGCCUUUGUAGAAGGACAGUUUUUACAACAGAAGCAACAACUUCUCAGGAGUAGAGAAGCAGCCAUUUGGGAGCUGGAAAAGCAACAACUCCAUGAAAAACAUCAGCAAGCUAAGGGGCAACUAAAAGACUUGUUCUUCCUAAAGAGACACCAGAUGCUCAAUAGACAUCAGAAGGAAAUGGCUCACAUGAAACGUAUCAAUGCUACAAAGGAGGAGGAGUUACUGAGGAGGCACACAGAGGAGAAGCGACGCCUGCCCAAGAUCCUAAAGGCCGAGGCCAAGACAAGACAUCAGAUGUUCAAACAGAGUCUACGGCUUAGCACUUUAGGUUCGCCUGAUGAAGACAAGAAUAAAAUUAAACAGUUUGAGGACAAUGAAAAGAAGCGUAUGAAGGCAGAGCAGCUGCGGCAGGACAUGAAACACAAACGCCAGCUGGAGGAGCUGCAGUUGAAGAACAACACCAGUGUUAAGGAGCUAGAACAACUUCAGGCUGAAAAGAGGAAGAUGUUGAUGGAGCAGGAGACUCAGAAGAUCAGGGAGCUAGAUGAACAGUAUCAGAGUGAGCUGCAGGACUGGAAAGCUCAACUCCAGCCCAGGAAACAGAAAUUAGAGGAUGAGUUUGCCAGACAAAAGGAGGAACAGGAACGGUUUUACGGUCAUUUCCCCGGAAAUGGUGAAAAGGGACAGGUUUCAAACAGAACACCAACAAAUACCCGAAAAGACUCUGCCCACUCACGCCACUCUACCGUGAUUUAACUCGGCAGGAUGAGUGUAGAGAACCUUUUGACCUACUUGUGAUGUACAUGGUCUUUUAUAUGUAUAUAUAGAGGACUGUUUUUUUUUUGCCCCAUGCUGCACAGUGAGAUCUGCAGAGGUUGCACUGCUGCAGAGAGUUUUGUGGGCCUGCUGUGGAGCAUGGUACAACCUUUACACUGGCAUAACCCUGACUGAUAUAUAAUUUCCCUUGGAUGAUAAGCUGUUCCACCUUUACCAUUUGCUGGUGUUCAGGAACACCAUGUGGAGAAUUUUGUUCAAGAAUAAGUGGUGAUUUUUUGUUUUGUGUGGAAAAUCUGAUGUCAUGAAUGGGACAUUUUAGAAUUUUGAAAAAAAAGAAAGGAAAUCAACAGCAGACUCAUGUUAUUGCACUGAAUCCAGAUUAAUCUGACCCAAGUGCUCUGGUGAGCAAGAUCUGCUGAUUUGAUCUCGGCAUUGAAAUCUUUGUGUACAUCUUCCUUUACAUUUCUUUCUCUCUUCUUUUGUAUAUUAUUAUGUACGACUACAAUGCAAUGUUAAUUUGCGUGAACACAGUUUAUGGUGUUUAUCUACAGAGUUGAAAAGAGUUUUUUUGUGUACAGCACAGUGUGCAUAACUGUUACAUGCAGAUAUACUGUUACAGAUUUGAUUAGCAUAAACAAUGGUGCUUGGUGUCCAGCUGAUAAUUUUUUAAUUUUUUUUCUUUGAUUUGCAAAGACAACUAAAACAAAAAGUAAAAAAAAAAAAAAGAAAAAAAAAAAGGCAGAUGAAUUUUACCAAAUUUUCCUCUUUAUCCAAAAAUUUCUACCUCUACUCUGCUAUGGGUAAUUUAUUUAUUUACUGAUCAGUUAACUCCGCUUCAAGUGUUCCAAUUUAAUGUUUGUUAAUGUUUGUUGAUUUGUUUUGUGUUCUUUGUUUUGCUGAUGGCAAAUCUCUUGCACUCUUUUAGGCUUUAACCCUAAAUGAUCUUUGCCUUGCACUUUUAGUGCCAAGCUGUCUCUUAAUGGCUUGUGGUUUGCGGCUGGUUCAUUUAAAAUAACUCUGUUGUCACACUUUUUUUGCUACAAAACACACUGCAUGCUAUGUGAGUUCGACUCACUACUUUUGCAUGUGUUUAUUUAGACCUGCAGCCAACAGCCAUCAAGCUCAGUUCCCUCCUUCCUUUGACUAUGGCAACCUUGCAUUCUGUAACUCAAUGCCUAAAGGUGUUGGCAUGUACAGGUAUUGUACUAUAUUAUGCAGAUAUCACUUUUGAUAUCAGUAUUUGUUAGGCAAUAGGCUGAAAUAUUUUCAAAUUAUCCUUAAUUUUGAGUGCUUUAAAGAAAGCCAUCUUCAACAUGACUUAAAUGAGAUAAAUCUGUCUUCUUAAAACUGUUCCUACAUGUACAUGUAUUUGAGUUGAUGCUGGUUUUGUUUCUCGUAUUAUUAUUUGUAGGGAUGCAUUUUCCAUUCUGAAUGCGAAAACAUUGUUUUGCACCUGAAGGAAGAUGCUAGAUGAAAUAUGUUACACAUGUAUGUGCAUCGUAUUUCAUGUGCUAGUAUUAAGUUGUUAGAGGUCCUGAAGCAAUGAUAAGCUCUUCAGCUGCAAUAUUAUUGGAAAUGGUUUAUUCACUGGAAUUCACUGGUUAUAGAAAUACACACUUAACACAUUAGACAAUCUUUAAUAUUCAACAUAAUCACUGUAGAAUUUGACCAUAUUUACAUGUACAAAGAUGACGACUUCUCACAUUACCUUCGGUAAUAGCUUUGUGUACAUUUUGCCAAUUCUUCAUUACUAUUCAGAUCUCAGUUUUUCUUAUGCUUGGAUGCAUCCUGUGAUCUUGGUUACUCUGCAGUUUGGUCAUAUAUCAUAUUUUAGCAAAGUCACAGGACAGGAUUACCAGUACUUUCAAGGUUUACAGGUUGCUGUGUUUUUCUGCAGGACACAUAAACUCUUACUUUAGACCCAUGUUGAAUACUUCAACCAAUAUUCCCAUUUAAUGUCACAAACUCUUUAUCACAGCAGAUUUGAACCGAGAAAUUCCAGGUGAACAUGUAAAUAAACUUGUGAAGUCAAGUAAAACAAGACGUAUGGAUGUAUUUUUUUGUUAGUAUGCAUCCUUCACUGGCCAAGAUUUGUUUCACUUGUAUAGUACUGGGUUGUGCUGCAUUUGCUUACAGGGAAGUCUGUUGUAUUAAGGUCUGAUAUUAUCUGACUUUUGAGUUACAUGUAUAUCAAACUUAAGUUAAGAAUAUCAAAUUAUAUAGCAAAAUGAAUUUUGAUAUCAUACUGAAUUUGUUCAAGAAUGUUUCGGGGGUGGGGGGGGGGGGGAGCGUGAAAAGAAAUAACAUAACAAAAAAAAAAGCCUUUCGAGUUGAUGACUGGAACUGUGAGUUCGCAUGGCUGCAAGAGAACAUAUAUAUUUAUACAUAUAUCAUCAAGCGAUCUUGCCGUGUAGGUUGUGCUAAUAUUGCUUUCUGUGAAUAAUAUAAAUAUAAAAAAAUGUAAACACUGAAAGCCUAAUGAAUUCACUAAUAUGGAAAUAUUUUGUUCAGCUUAAUAUAUGUUCUGUAUGAUUUGUAUAUGUGCGAUGUUUAAUAAAGCUGAGGUUUUUCAGUAGAACUGAUCAACAUGCCACCUCAGUUGCCUAACUAUUUACAGGCUGUUUUAGGUCAAUAAACGGAUAAGCUUUCAUACAAUACAUGCUUUGCCCUUCU